UAAUAUAUACGGUAAUAUUAUGGCCUCUUCACUGGAAACAAAACCCCAAGCCAUAGUUCUUGACGAUGAAAGAAAGCAAGAAGCAGAAAGCUUUCAUUAUGCUGUGCAGCUGGUGGUUUCAUCUGCGCUGCCCAUGUCCAUGCAAUCAGCCAUUGAGCUCGGACUUUUUGAUAUCAUAGCCAGAGCAGGUGCGGGUGCGGGGCUCUCUGCACCCCAGAUUGCUGCCCAGAUUGGCACCCAGAAUCCUGAGGCAGCCUUUAUGCUGGAUCGAAUCCUUAGGCUCCUCGCCACUCACUCUGUACUUGGUUGCUCUCUGGUUGAUGGCCAAAGGCUCUACAGGCUCUCCGCGGUGUCCAAGCACUUUGUGACUGAAGAUGGCGUUUCGUUGGGCUUCGUCAUGGCAUUGUUCCAAGACAAGGUCUUCAUAAACAGUUGGUCACAACUGAAAGACGCAGUUAUUGAAGGUGGAAUUCCAUUUGAGAGGUUCCAUGGCAUGCCUACCUUUGAGUAUUCAGGUUCGGACCCGAGGUUUAAUCAGGUUUUCAACACAGCAAUGUUCAACCACACCACUCUUGUUGUGAAGCGGAUUCUUGAUCUCUACAGGGGUUUUGAGCACCUUGGGGAGCUUGUUGAUGUUGGUGGUGGUUUGGGAGUAGCUCUCAGUCUAAUCACUUCCAGAUACCCUCAUAUUAAGGGAAUCAAUUACGAUCUGCCGCAUGUUAUAAAAUAUGCUCACCCUUCUCCUGGUGUCGAACAUGUGGGAGGAGACAUGUUUGCCCAUGUUCCAAGUGGAGAUGCCAUUUUCUUAAAGGGCAUACUUCACGAUUGGACGGAUGAGGACUGCAUAAAGUUGUUGAAGAAUUGUUACAGUGCUACUCCAGGCGAUGGAAAAGUAAUCGUUUUGGAGGCAGUUCUUCCAGUUUUGCCGGAAACAAGCACUACUGAGAAGAUCACCACCCAACUGGAUGUGCUUAUGAUGACUCAAUGCCCAGGAGGGAAGGAGAGGACCCAACCAGAAUUCAUGGACUUGGCAACUGGUGCUGGAUUCAGUGGCAUCAAAUAUGAAUGUUUCGUCGCUAACAUAUGGGUCAUGGAGUUUAUUAAGUAGAGACAGGGCAAUGCUUUCAUUUGGUACAAUAAAAACACUCUUAAGCUAUUGAGGAU